AUGGACGGAUGUCAGAUACCUUACCAACGCGUUCGUAUUCACCUCAUCUCGGCCCCAUGGUCCUCACCAUCUUCUUCGCCCAAGAUAUCAGGGGGCUCAUUUGGAGUGGAAAAUCUGGAGACGUUUGCCGGCGGUGGCGACGGCGGGACUGGCGGUAGAGCUGAACCGUUUGAUAAUGCUCUCAUCUUGAAGUUUUCCUUCACUGUCCCUUCCCUUCGGGAUCUAUCUGUCAGUUUGGUCAAACUGGGUUUCAAGGGUAGGGUGACCUCUAAGUUCCUGAAUUAUAAUCAUUAUUUACUUUAUUUUGAGUUGAAAGAGGACUAUAACUCGAUUUGGAUUAAGACGCAUCUCAAUAUUUUUGGAUGCCCUGGUCGGGUGUUUAAAUACACCCCGGACUUCUCCUUUGUUGAGGAAUCUUCCAUAGUCCCAGUGUGGUGCUGCUUUCUGGGCCUUUUACCACACCUUUUCGACCCUUCUGCCCUCUUUUCGACUGCCAGUUGCAUUGGCAACCCCAUUGAGACUGAUUCCGCUACGACAAACCGCUCGAGGUUAUCUGUCGCACGGGUGUGCGUAGAGGUUGACCUUAGGGAUGAGCUCAUAAAGGAGAUUGAGCUCGACCAAGCGGGCAAGACCACUAUCCAGAAAGUGAUCUACGAGAGAGUACCACCCGAGGCAGAGUUCUAUUAUCGCCCGAUAAGCCCUAAGGAGAAGGGCAAGGCCCCGGCGCACGGCCCCAACCCGAAGGGGCUUAAGGGCAAGAGCAAGGUCACCUCUGAGGGCCCACUGCCCAAGGAGGUUAACCUCGAUAGGCCUAAGGCUAAAGCUACAUGUCUUUCCCCCACCAGUCCCUCCAGUCAGCUCCCAUAG